GUACUGUUCUGAGACAUGUCGAUCAUUGGUACUUUGAAUGAAGUUUAAACUUAGCGGGUAGGCGUCUUUGUUGUUCAUCAAUGUAUAAAAAACUAUAGACUGAAGGAAGUGAAGUGACACAAAUGGCUGAACGGGAUUAACUUGCGAAACCAGACAGGGAAUGAAAGUUGCGUGAUGUUCAGGAUAAUGGUUAUUAAUUCAUGCUUUAAGCUGUAUUAUCUUCAGUCAAACUGCUUUAAAUCCAGUAAAAAGCCCCUUAUCUGAUAUCUGGGCAGAUUUAAAUGUUGAAUUAAGUGCUAAGAGGGUGGUUAUAUGGCUGUUAAAUGGUUUAAAGGGACAAAGAUUAGAUUUAAAUAUUGUGAAUAAAUUUUGUGAUGUGUCAGUAAGUAACUCAUGGAUAUUAAACAGUUACUUGUGAUGUACAGAAAAAUAUUGAUAGAUGCAAAUUAAUGAACCCAGCACAAAUUGGUGUUUUAGGAUGGCAGGAAUAUAUAACCGAAUGAGGAAAUUACUUACUUAAUUAUUGCAUUUUAUUUUGUAUGAAUAUAGUUAUGAAUUAUGUGAAAGUGAAUGUCAUUGAACUUUGUUCGAGAAAAGGAAUAUAUAUAUUCUAACCAUCAAACAAAAAUUAUUGUUUAAAACUUUAGGGUAUAAAACUGUUGUGAUUGACGGAGCAGCAACUAUUGAUAGUGAAUUUUUAUAAAGUGAACAGUUGUGGAGGGAUUGGACACAGUAAAUGUUGAAAGUGAAUUUGUGCAAUAAUGCAACAGUUGUGGAGGAUUGGUUACAGCAAUGGUGGAGAUAGAAAAGUCUAGUGAGGCUCUCACACUUCAACGGGUGCAUGUGUAUCAGUGCAAAGGGAGUAACUUUGCUGGGAGUUACCCUGCCGCAGUAAACAUGGUGAAGAUAACGAAGAAACUCAAAAUGUAUAUAAGGGAGCAGAUGACCAUCCUGGGUUACAACAAGGGUGGCGAGUGGUGCGAGGUGAAGAACAAGGCGGGAGACAUAGGCUGGGUGCCUAGCAACUACAUCGCCCCCGUCAACAGCCUCGACAAGUUCAGCUGGUACCACGGGCAGAUAUCCAGAAAUGCCUCAGAGUACCUGCUUAGCAGUGGUAUCAACGGCAGCUUCCUGGUGCGAGAGAGCGAGAGCAGUCCAGGUCAGAGGUCAAUAUCCGUGCGAUACGAGGGCCGUGUCUACCACUAUAGGAUCAGUGAGGACUCUGACGGAAAGGUAUACGUAACAAUGGACCAUCGAUUCAACACGUUGGCUGAGCUAGUCCACCACCAUUCAAUUCACUCUGAUGGCCUAGUUACCACCCUACUGUAUCCUGCGCCCAAGCGACAGAAGCCCACGGUGUUUGGACUGAGCCCUGAACCUGACCGAUGGGAGAUUGAGAGGAUUGAAAUUGCCAUGAAACACAGACUUGGUGGAGGCCAAUAUGGUGACGUGUAUGAAGCCGUGUGGAAACGCUACAACAAGACAGUGGCUGUGAAAACACUCAAGGAGGACACUAUGGCGUUGAAAGAUUUCCUUGAAGAAGCAGCCAUUAUGAAGGCCAUGAAACAUCCAAACCUUGUGCAGUUGCUAGGUGUGUGCACGCGGGAGCCCCCAUUCUACAUUGUGACGGAGUUCAUGACGCAUGGCAACCUUCUGGACUUCCUACGCAGCUCUAACAAGGAGGAUAUCGGCCCCACCAUUCUCAUGUACAUGGCCACCCAGAUAGCCUCCGCCAUGGCCUACCUCGAGGAGAAACAGUUCAUACAUAGAGAUUUGGCUGCAAGAAACUGCCUGGUAGGGGACAGUCAUCUUGUGAAAGUCGCGGACUUCGGUCUUGCUCGCUUGAUGAAGGAUGACACGUACACUGCUCACGCUGGCGCAAAGUUCCCCAUCAAGUGGACAGCGCCUGAGGGACUGGCUUUUAACAGAUUCUCUACAAAAUCUGAUGUCUGGGCGUUUGGUGUGUUGCUAUGGGAGCUGGCGACCUAUGGGAUGUCACCGUACCCAGGGGUGGACCUCACAGAGGUGUAUCAUCUGCUGGAGCGGGGGUAUAGGAUGGAGAGACCCCCGGGGUGCCCGCCUCAUAUCUACCAGCUCAUGAUGAAGUGCUGGCAUUGGGACCCUAAAGACCGGCCCAUGUUUGCGGAUAUUGUGAUGUCCCUGGAGAAUAUGUUUGACAAGACCACUGUAAAUGAAGAAGUCGAGAAGGAGCUUGAGAAGACAGACUCCCCUGGCAGCAAAAAGACACCACGCGCCCCAAGCUCUGAGAGCAGUGAUGGAAGACACAGCGCAGGUCCCACGCCUCCUGCUGGUAGGAGAGUUCUCCCCCCUGACUCGGACUUCAGUGUGCAGCAGGCCAGCGACAUUGUCCGCAAAUCAGCGGCCAUCGCUCGUAAGAAAGGGGCACCAACUCCCCCACGCCGGACGGUGUCGGCGAUCAAAGAGCAGGAGGAGGCUAGUGGGGCGGACUCUGAAUUGAAAUCCAAAAUGAAGCUGCAGAAAGCGAAGAUCGAGAGCUCCACUAUACCAGAAUAUCCAUUUGAUAGUAAUAACUUUGCGAAUACAAAAGAUCUGAGUGAGUUCAUUAAUGCUCCACGUAUUCCCCAGCUUCCCCCGAACCAAAAAAGCUUUCAAAGGGCAGAUAAUUCUGGUGGAGCAAAGGAUGGAGCGGCUGUGGGUAGGCAAGGUGCAAUGGAGGACUCUGGGAUAUCGCGUGGAACGGGAAGUAGUGAUAGUUUGAAAGUGUUAGCAAUUGAUAAGUCUAAGUAUAUGAUAAAUACUGAGACGGCUACGCGUUCUACCGAUGGACAAUCUCCCCGGCUCGCGCAGGCUGCUCCGGAUCCACGAAGCAGUGGGCGUAAAUUCUCUUAUCCCAUGAUCAAGCAGGAGUUUAAGUCGGCCAGUGAGGCCACUGGUACCAAGAGUGUCGACAUUGGUACGAGUACGAAUGAUGAAAGUGUUCAGGUGAUGUCGACGAGUUUUAGGGGGAAACAAUAUCCAAAAGUGCCUUUACCGCUCCCGCAAUCAGCCAGUUUACGUCGUAAAAAGCGACCAGAGCGUCCCAAGUUGAAUAUUAGUCAUAGUAUGGAAGCAGAGGGUGAUGACAUCACUGUAGGCAAACUGGACGUGAAUAAUGUAACGCAAACUAUAAACAAGUACGGCACCAUACCCAAGGGGGUGAGAAUCACGGAAUACCUUGCCUCAAUGCAUAGUGAUGCGGUCGGGCACCAACCUAGGGACUUGCCUACUGUGGAGGACCAUGAUUCGGGAACCGAUACAGCCAGUGUUUCUUCCUGUCCUGUUUUGCAGCCGAACGGAAUGGUGAGCAAUGCAUCUGGUUCAACUGCUGCAGUUGCUGGUAUGAUAGGAUCUUCUGAGCUUGCUUCAGCUCUGCAGGGAGCCGUCUCAGCGUUUUCUGGUGCUAGAAAUGAGGAUGAAGAAGGCAUACAGCAGGAGUCUAAUGUACGACCAUCUGCAGUUGUAAAAUCUCAAUCAUCGCAUGUGAUAGUAGAUAACCCAAAAGCUCAAUAUAGUGGAUUACAGAGACAGAAAUCAGACCUGCUGCCCGGCAGUAGGCCAUCCCCAGUUGAAAAUCAGGAAAGGGAAUCGUUUGGGGAUUCUCGACCAAAACCUAGUCCUCGUUUCUCGAGAUUGUUUCUCGAUCAGACUGAAAAUGUUCUUAAGUUGGAAGAUGGCAGCACUAACCUGCAGAGCCCGUCAGAGCGACGGCCAGCAUCGCCCAGUGUUGUCUCCAGUCAGAAAAUAAACAAGGAGUCUUACAGUCAGUCAAGCACAGAAUCGACUGUUGUGAGUAGCCCAGAUUCAUUGUUUGAUAGAAAUCGUCUCAGUCAGCAGGAGGGGGCUACUAAGGUGCCCAUGCGGCCCCCGUUUCAGCCAAAACCACGAUCAGGGUCCGCAUCAGAUGAAAUGCAGAGGGACCUGAAUCAAAUUGCAGCCACAGACACAAAUGUGAAUGCAUCCGUGCUGUCGAAAGUUGCAAAGUUUCACUCGGUUGGCUCUGAAUUCAGCUCCUUUCGGCCGUUCCAGCGUGGCGAACCAGGACGCGAGUCUUUAAAGGACGAAAAACUGGCGACAAAAGUUCUUCCAGACAUACCCAAUAAACCUAUGUUCAAAGAGGACAAACCUGUUGUAACUGGUUUAAAACCAUCUGGGGCUGGCACCCCAACCGGUUCCAACCGAUCUGAUAAUAUAAAUAAUGGUGCAAAUAGUGAUGAGGACCGUGGUGCCGCAGUGACAAGGGAGGCUAUAUUAAGUGCUUCGGAUCGUUUACGGUCGUGUAUAGAGUCUCUCUCCGUGACUGGGAACAAGACGAGUGUAAAUUUCAUGAAAUUAGUCGAGGAGAUGCAAUUGUUCUAUGACAUGUGUUCAGAGUUCCUCGAGAGCAUGCCCGUUCACGCAAAGUUUCACACGCGCGAAUUGUUGUCCAGACUUCAGUCUCAGCAGCAGACGCUGAAAACGUUUUCCAGCUCCACGCCAUCUGGUGGCGUGAAACUUUUAGCAGAUAUACAGACAGUAAAUAAGGAAAUUAUGGAACUUAUACAGAGAUAAGACUUGUGAAAUCGAAGGUUGUCCGUGCUUAUUUAGUACUUCAUACAUAGUUGUAAUGUUCACUACCAGUAAAUUGUGACGGUACUUUGAUUAACCAUUUUUAAAAUACAUUUUGAAGUUUUACAUGCAUACACAGAACCAUUUUCCAGUCAUUAUCGCUUCUACGCUACUAGAAUACACAAGUGUAUUUUAGGGAAUACUUUUAUGUGUGUAUUUGUCUUUUAUCAUGAUUCCCUGUCCAUUAUAGGUUGUAAACAUAAAUUUUGAAUAUAACUGAGUCACAUGGGGCUUAUUGCACGUGCAUUAACCCUUUACCACAUAGAUGUGUAUUUUUACGAAUGUGUUUUCCCUAAGAAAGUUAAAUUUAAUUUAAGACCUUUCUUACUAGAUUUAAGUUUUAAAGGCUUCAUUUUCAACCCAUAGAUACUAAUGAGCAGCAAAUAGCAUAAAACCUGAACAGACUGCGAGUUACUCGCAGGCUGUUCUGGUUUUAUGCUGGUUGCAAAAGCCAUCUUCACAUGUAGCAAAAUUCAAGUUUAGACGGAAAGUGGUGGACAUAACUCGUAUGCAUCUUUUCCCCAAAAUAAGAAUUUGAUGUUUGCUCUGUUGAUACUCUUCCCAGUUCAACACAAACUUAUUUUAAAACAAGCAUUAUUGUGUUGUCUUCACUGUUUCACAAGUACAUGAUUAUGCAACUAUAGUAACACCAGUUUUUAGGUAUUGCUUUCCAUGCUCUUAAACCAUUCCUGAACCAUUAAAAUGCUGUUUCAACCACAUUUUUAAGUGAGGCUCGUUCAUUCCAUUGUUUGUUUGGUCUGAUGCGUCAGUGUUAAAUAUCUUUAGUUUAUGUUAAUAAAUUUCUGCAAUUGAAUUUUAGACUUAAAAAAUACAUUAUUAUAUUUAAAUAGACCAAAUAAACCAGUAAUUAGUUUUACUUUCAGCAAAGAAAACCAGAUUAAUAUAUUAUAAGUAAAGUUUUAAUUUUGCAUGUGAUAUUCUAUAUUCAAAUCAUGUUGCCAUUUCCAAGUUGUACUGAUCAUUUGAAUAAAAACUGGAUAUUUGGACCAUGUUAAACAUGUCUGCAAUUAUAAUCAACCUGAAAAUUAUGUGAAUUCUAUAAGCAAUCACUUUAAUGCUAGAAUUAUUAUCACCAGCAGUCGGCACAUUUUGCUUCAGUCAAGUAUUUCUAUUACCAGUAUUCUAAAUAAUUGUACCUCACUAAAUGGCUAUACAUGUUGCUAGGCAUUUUGUAUCCUGUAUAUACAUUUGGUUGGUAUGUUUACAUGGUAACUGAAGAAAAUGCUGUCAUAUUCAACUUCAUUUUACAUUUUUUUUACUACAUGCAGAUGUUUCAAAUAUCUGGCGUAAAAAAAAUCAGUGUAAACCAAUUCAAUACAUUUAAGUCUUUCUUUAUGGUCUAUAAUGUACUUGUUUUGUCCAGGAAACGAAUUCUAAAUUGUUUUUUUAAGCCUCAAACUUUUGACACAAUCAUGCUACAAUAAAUUAAAAAAUUUAAAAGUUAAUUAUGGUGGUUUAGCAAAAAGGUACAGUGUACCUUUUUAGGACUAGACCAUAACCCUUUACCCCUUAUAAAAGCACUUUGAUGGGUUUGAAGUCCCUAAGAAAAUCUUAUUAAAUUUUUAAUCUUCUUUACUUGAAUCAACUUUUAAAAACUCCAUUUCCAAUCUUCAGAUACUGAUGAGCAGCAUACAGCUUAAAACCUGAACAUACUGCGAGUUACUCGCAAUACUGCGAGAUAUUCGCAGGCUGUUCUGGUUUUAUGCGUGUUACAAAAGCCAUUGCACUUUGCGUCUGAUGGGGAAAGAGUUACUUUGAUGUUUUGUUGGUAUACCAUGCAAAGAAGAAGAUGGGUUGUAUACUGGACUCACCAUGGUUGUCUGUCCAUCUGUCUGUAGACAUAAUCUCUUCUGGCGACAAACUUCUACACUUUCAACAUGCAGAGGUCAUACUUGAAUGCACUGUUCCUUAUGAUCUGAAGAAGUGCAUGCAUAUUUUGUAUUACCCUGCGUUAAAUAUUGCUUAAGUUAUGCCCCUUUUUCAACUUAGAUUAUCUAUAAUGAGUUUAUUACCUGUUGUCAAAUUAUUAAAUUUGUGGUCAGGGGUAUUGGUCAACUGUGUGACAAUAACAGGUCUAAACUGCAUCCCAUUGUUUUGUUGUAUUUCAUUUUAAUAAUUAACUCGGGAGGGGGGGGGGGGUGUUUGAACUUGAAUUGUCAACAAUAAAAACACCCACAGGCUCACAUAUUGAGUCAGCCAGAUUUAAAAAAAAAGUUCUGCUUUGGUUUAUAUGCAACUUAUAUGCAUGUCAAUCAUGUUGUGUUCAUACUCCAUUUGACUUCCAAACACCCACCAUUAAUCACAUAACUGCUAUUAACGCAAGUAUUAUAAGCUAGUAUAAGUGAACUUUUUAUGUACUAGAGAUGUAUUAUCCAGAUAAUAUAUAAUUUUCAGUUUGCAAAUUAUGUACUUUAAUUAUGUGAAACAAAUAUUAGGUUGCAUAUGUAUGUAUAUGGAAUUAUUAAUUACAAUUUAAAAAACAUGCAUCCACAUUUUCUUGUGGAAAAGCAGAUUUUCUUCCUCUGAAUCUGUUUCAAAAUCUUACAUCAUGUAAUAUUGCUGGUACCCUCUCUGUGAAAUAGAUCUGAACUUGAAUCAUGUUGUACAUAUGUGUCUUGUUCUGUGAAAGCUGGUCAUAAUGCAUGUGCGUAAAGGACGACACUUUCGGCUUUUAUGGUAUUCUUAGUUUCAAGGAAGUCCCUCCUUGCCGAAAAUCCAGUUUAGGCGGAAAGUGUUGUCGCUGAAUAGCCUGUGCGGACUACACAGGCUAAUCUGUGACAACACUUUACCCACAUGCAUUAUGACCAGCUUUCACAGAACAAGACACAUAGAGGAUAUUUGUUGGAUUCGGUGGAUUAUCGAUUUAAAUUCACGAGUGAUCAUAGAAAAUAAUAUUUUCAUGAGUGGCGCAUAUUUUCUAUGAUCAUGAGUGAAUUAAAAUCGAUAUUCCACCUAAUCCAACAAAUUUUCUUUUUAUUUUAUGCUUUUUUUCACAGUUUAUAUAAAUUGUUAAAGAGUUUAACUAUUUAAAGAAUUUAGAUGAAAUAAUGACGUCAUUGUGUCAAAAAAAUGCGUCAUUUCAAAGUAAAUAGUGAAAAUUAUCGAUAAUUUUCACUGAUAAUUUUCAUUGUUUGAAACAAUGAAAUUAUCAGUUUUAAUUCACUGAUAUUUCUCUAUAAACCACCGGAAAGCAUAACAUAAAUAUUGCUAUGUAAGCAUUUCAAGUAGCAAUUGGCUACUAAUAUUUCUGGUUUGCUAUUCAAAUUUGUAAAUGGCUGCUUAAACUCUAGAUAGAUUUUUAAACGAAGGCAUUUGUGUUAUAUAUUAUUCGAUGAACAUUUAUCUAAAAUAUUGGUUACAGGAAAAACUUAACAAAACUAAUUUUUCAUAUGCUUAGAAUAAACACAGUGACUUAUGGAAAGAGACAGAUGAGCAGAGCUAAAGGAAAAUCAGGCUUAAUGCAAAGUAUUGUCACAGAUAAGCCUUUGCAGUCAGCACAGGCUAGCACAGGCUAGGACAGGCUAGCACAGGCUAAUCUGGGCUGCACUUUUCGAUGAGCAGGGCCGGUAUGUGUAUAUACAUAACAUUUAGAAGCUUUUGACUUUGGUUUGAAAAAUAAUGUUGGUGCCUUGAGCACCAAGGUAAAGGGUGUGAUAUUUUCUGUUAGGUUGUUAUAUUUAUUCUAGUCAGUAAAUAAGGACUAAUGCCCACAUGACAAACUGUUGCAUUCUACUUGUAAAUGCACACGUUAGUACAGAUUGCAGCAGCAAAUAUAAAGCAUUGUGCACAAUACUACACAUUGAGACUGUAUCAAAAUAUUUUAUUUUCAUAACCUUGGUUUUGAAAUGUUUGUUGAAAAAAUGGCACAAUUCAAAUAUAUAUUUUAAUUUUAAUUUUUUAAUAAGUGUUGUAUUUGUAUUAAAACGAUGGCCUAAAUGAAGGCAGUGGCCUGCCUUUCUGUUAAGGAUUGUAUUAUUUACAAGACAGUUAAAUAUUUACAAAACCUGUUUCCGAGCAAAAUGUGCUUUCAGAUUGUAAUUGACAGAUGUUUGUUACCUGUAUAUCGUCGCUGUCGUUCUCAAACCUUGUAGCUCCAAAAUUUUCAAUUUUUUUUUCCGUCUUCCGAAUAUAUGAAGUCCGGCGCUUGUUUUGGGCUAUAUCUCGUAGCUCUGCGCCAAUCAGAGCCCUUGAAAAAGCCACAUGACUAAAUGUUGUAGCUUGAUUGUUGGCUUUUUUGUCGGGCGAAAGGUCGUAGCAAUUACUGCUAUGUCAUUUCACCUAUCGGUACGUCCAUACAAAUUUGACAAAAACUUUUUAGCUCAUCUAUUUUUUGAAAAAAAAUUAUGAGCUAUUGUCAUCACCUUGGCGUCGGCGUUGGCGUUGGCGUCGGCGUCCGGUUAAGUUUUGCGUUUAGGUCCACUUUUCUCAGAAAGUAUCAAUGCUAUUGCAUUCAAACUUGGUACACUUACUUACUAUCAUGAGGGGACUGGGCAGGCAAAGUUAGAUAACUCUGGCGUGCAUUUUGACAGAAUUAUGUGCCCUUUUUAUACUUAGAAAAUUGAAAAUUUUGGUUAAGUUUUGCGUUUAGGUCCACUUUUCUCAGAAAGUAUCAAUGCUAUUGCAUUCAAACUUGGUACACUUACUGACUAUCAUGAGGGGACUGGGCAGGCAAAGUUAGAUAACUCUGGCGUGCAUUUUGACAGAAUUAUGUGCCCUUUUUAUACUUAGAAAAUUGAAAAUUUUGUUUAAGUUUUGUGUUUAGGUCCAUUUUAUUCCUUAAGUAUCAAAGCUAUUGCUUUCAUACUUGCAACACUUACUAAUUAUCAUAAGGGGACUGUCCAGGCAAAGUAAUGUAACUCUGACUGGCAUUUUGACAGAAUUAUGUGCCCUUUUUAUACUUAGAAAAUUGAAAAUUUGGUUAAGUUUUGUGUUUAGGUCCACAUUAUAUUCCUACAGUAUCAAAGCUAUUGCUUUCAUACUUGCAACACUUAUUAACUAUCAUAAGGGGACUGUGCAGGCAAAGUUAUGUAACUCUGACUGGCAUUUGGACAGAAUUAUGGGCCCUUUAUACUUAGAAAAUUGAAAAUUUGUUUAAGAUUUGUGUUUUGGUCCACUUUACCCCUAAAGUAUCAUACAUAUUGCUUUCAUACUUGGAACACUCUCAAACUAUCAUAAGGGUACAGUAAAAGGACAAGUUGCAUAACUCUGGUUGUCAUUGUUACGGAAUUAUGGCCCUUUUUUGACUUAGUAACUUUGAAUAUAUGGUUAAAUUUUGUGUUUUGAUCCACUUUACUUCUUAAGUAUCAAGGCUAUUGCUUUCAAACUUCAAAUACUUUCAUGCUAUCAUGAGGUUACUGUACCUGGCAAGUUGAAUUUUACCUUGACCUUUGAA